UUUAGGGAGAAUUGACUUGGUUACUACGUAUGUCGUUGGAGAGUUUUGUUUAUCCAAAGCCACCCUCUUUUGCCCCGUUAGAUCCUCCACCUCGUCUGUUAUGCGGACCAGGGCCUUGCAAUCCACACCCUAGAGUUUUACAAGCUCUCGGUGCAACCGAACUGGGCCAUUUGGAUCCCAGCUUUCUGAAAAUAAUGGACGAAACAAAGGAAUUAUUGAAAUAUGUGUGGCAAACUAAGAACGAGUUUACAAUUCCAGUGUCCGGAACAGGAACCGCAGCUAUGGAGGCUUGUGUCUUUAAUUUGUUAGAGCCCGGUGAGAAAUUUUUAGUUGGAUGCAAUGGAUACUUUGGCGAGCGACUAGGACAAAUAGGAGAACGCUGUGCUGCGACAGUCAUUCGUAUGGAGAAACCGUGGGGAAAAGUGUUCUCGUUGGAAGAGAUUGCAGAACAGCUGGAGAGACAUAGACCUCAAGUAUUGGCUUUGGUCCACGCAGAAACGUCAACAGGAGCUUGUCAGCCCAUGCAAGGCAUCGGAGAUCUUUGCAGGAAAUACAAUUGUUUGUUACUUUUGGAUACGGUCACUUCCAUUUCUGGUAUUCCAGUUUACAUCGACAACUGGAAGGUUGAUGCCGCUUAUGCAGGAACUCAGAAAUGCUUAAGCUGUCCACCAGGAAUGGCACCGUUAACAUUUGGACCUCGUGCAUUGGAAAAAUUAAAAAGUCGAAAGUCUCAAGUUCCCAGUUACUAUUUAGAUAUGUCGUUGGUUGCAUCUUAUCUUUUAGGUGAGAAUGGUGGUUCAAAGAGAUCUUACCAUCAUACUGCACCUAUCAAUAUGUGCUAUGCUGUGAGAGAGGCUCUUUAUAUCGCAGCUGAAGAAGGUUUAGAAAAGAGGUGGAAGAGACAUAGAGAAAAUGCAGAAGUGUUUUGGAAUGGUUUGAAGCAACUGGGCUUAGAACCUUUAGUGGAUAAGGAACAUCGAUUGACGUCUUUAACAACUGUAAAAAUUCCACAGGGAGUGGAUGGAAAGGAAGUAAUUUCCAUUUUACUGAAUGAAUACAACAUCGAAGUUGGAGGUGGUUUGGGAGAAUUGGCUGGAAAAGUAUGGAGAGUCGGACUUAUGGGAUAUAAUAGUCGUCCUGAUGUAGUCUUGACACUAUUGGCUGCAUUUGAAAAUGCUUUGCGAAAGGUUGGCUAUAUCAAAUCGAACAGAUUCUAAUUGUUCAUUGUUAUGUUUGUUGGAGUGGAAUAAAAAGUAGUUUCAAGUU